UUUUUUUUUUUAAUAUAUCAACAUUCGCUGUACAUAUUUAAUGAAAAUCUCUUUUCCAUAGAAAAUAAAGAGAGACAAUGACGAAUUAUCCUAUGAACAUAUCGAGCUAUGUCUUGACAGCAAUGACACCUAGUUUUGUGUUCAUGUUAUUAUCACUUCCAGUCAAAAACAAGAACAUCCUUCAAGAAUCUGUCCUUGCGCUUUUAUGGAUGACAGGGCUAUCUAUUCCAAUUUAUUAUGCAGGACGUCUUCCAUACAUUUGUCUCAUGUCUACAGCUGUAUGGACAUGGGCCAGCUCAAUGAAAAUGGGUGUAUGGCUAUUUAGCAUGUCUAUGGAAGAAAGAAGACAGCGUCCGUUUUAUAUGACCAUGUUGGACUGGCGAAAGCGCAGUAAUGAUCCACCCACUACAGAAGAAAUAAAAUCAUGCCCAACUACAGACCAUGUGGAUAUUCAUUUGCGCCAUCUAAUAUGGAAAUUUGUCAAGCACCAAUUUUAUUUUGAUGCAGCAGACGUUGUAAUUCAUUUAGGAGACGCACAGCGCAUCGUACGAGUUUUUUCUGCUGUCUUGUCAAACCUGUUUGCCUUUUUGGGUCAAAAGGAAAAAGCAGACAUGCUGGCACCUACUGAACCUUUGACCUGGGGCAAUCUGUUGGUGAGUACGCUCAUGGCUAUGCUUUUUUGUGUCUAUAUUCAAAUGCAACUUCAAGUAGCAUACGACGAAUGUAUGAUUGGCUUUGGUGUGUUGUAUAAGACAAUGUCUGUUUUGGAAAGAUGGCAAUUGGGGCAAGAUCUUGGUAAAUUACAUGCAAAAAACACACACAAAGCCAAAAUGAUCUUGAAGCGAGUGUGUGUAAUUCGUGCUAUCAAGUCUUAUAUCGAAGAUACUUUGAAUAUGCCUCCUCCUUUUGACUCACCAUGGUCAGCUCAUUCACUUCGUGAUUUUUGGGGUCGCCGUUGGCAUACCUAUUACAAUGAUUGCUUUUAUAGAUUAGGAUAUCGUCCCAUUCGGGCAGCCGUCAUGUUUCUUUUCCAUUGCAAGCCUCCUCGCUGGCUACCUGCACUCUCUGUCUUUGUUAUGUCUGGUCUGAUGCAUGAAUACUUUCUGGUUGCAACAGGUUCAAAGGCUUAUCUAGGACAUCCUUUGCCCGCUUGUGGUCUUCAGUUCUUCUUUUUCGUGAUUCAAGUAUUACUGAUUGGCAUUAGUGACAAAUUUUUCUCUCGCGGCCCGAUCGGUCGGUUGUAUACUAUUUUUUGCAUGGCAUUAACCUCUCAUUUUUUUGUGGUACCCUAUGUAUUGACGGGCUAUUUACACAUGGAGCGAUUAUCGUUUUUCCGCCUUGUUGUUCAUCUUUAUCAAGGAAAUCCUAAUCUCUUUGCUAGCGUUGAUUUAUAAUUUUAUCUGUUUAUCGGGUAUUCAAUCAUGAUUGAAAACGGUUAAAACUGAAUGCUCGGAAACCGAAAUAAAAAAGGGAACCUAAGAAAAAUAACAUUAUCUUUUCUUCUUUAUUAUUAUUAUUAUUUUUUUUUUUUU